AUGCAGGAGUCUGGCAAGAAAGUCAUUCUGAUCACCGGCGCCACCUCUGGCAUUGGUCUGGAGACGGCGCGCAUGUUGGCUCGUCAAGGAUGGCGUGUCAUUCUGUCUGGGCGCCGCGAUGCAGACGGCGAGGAGCAAGCGCAACAGAUUACAGCCGAAGGAGGAGAGGCCAUCUACAUCCACGGCGACGUGGCGGAUGAAGAUUCCGUCAAGGAGCUUCAUGAGAAGGCCAUUGCAGCCUGGGGCCACCUCGAUGCCGCGGUCAACAAUGCUGGCAUCUCAAACGAUGCUGCCCUUUUCGCUGAUCUCAAGACGGAAAACUUUCGACAAAUGCUUGAGCUCAAUGUCAUGGGCGUCUUCUGGUCCAUGCAGCACCAGCUGAGGCACAUGGAGUCCCGAGGAUUUGGGCGCAUCAUCAACUUGGCCUCAAUCGCUGGUCGGCGGGGCAUCCUCUACCAAGGAUCGUACGUCGCCACCAAGCACGCGGUCAUUGGAAUGACUGAAACCGCCGCAAUCGAGUAUGCAACCAAGGGCAUUACAGUCAACGCCAUUGCCCCUGGUGCCAUCAAGACGAAGAUCCUGAACGAUGCAAUCCAGGCUGGCAAGUACGAUGAGGAGAGCAUCGCGGCCAUGUUUCCUGAGAAGCGCAUGGGAGACCCUGAAGACAUUGCUCGGACUGUGAGCUACAUUCUGGAGUCUCCGUACAUGACGGGCUCUGUCAUUGGUGUGGACGGCGGCUUUUGCGCAUAG